AUGGAGAGCACCGAGAACGACCGCGAAAUACUGGUUGGCGGUAAAACCAAGUUCACGAAAUUAUGUAUUUGUCGAUUACAGGACACAAUGGCAAAACGGAACACUGUUAUUGGUACGCCGUUUUGGAUGGCCCCUGAAGUGAUUGAAGAGAUUGGUUAUGACACGAAAGCUGACAUUUGGUCACUGGGUAUUACUGCAAUUGAGAUGGCUGAAGGUCGGCCACCGUAUGCGGAUAUUCAUCCCAUGAGGGCGAUUUUCAUGAUUCCAACUAAACCUCCUCCGACGUUUAAAAAGCCGGAUGAGUGGAGCGAUGAAUUCAACGACUUCAUCAGGCAGUGCUUAGUGAAGAAACCUGAUGAUCGGAAAACUGCUUCGCAACUAGUCGAGGUCACAAUGCCGCACAAUUUUCGCAAGUUCAACACUGACGAUGAGGUCAGAAAGGCACUCGACGAUUUCUUCAAGUCGCAGCCUCUGUCCUUCUGGAAGGAUGAAAUCGACAAACUGUCUGAGCGUUUUCGUCGGAUGCAGUGCAGUGGAUGCCACACAUUGCAAUGCUGUGAGAACAAGCUCGUUACCUACUGUGGGGAAGACGAGUCUGUGAAAGACGAUCACAAUGAUCCUCUGGACGCCUGA